AUCUACUCCAUCUAUCCCAUCUCUGCAACAAUGACACAGAGGCACGAAGCCUAUCAUGCUUCUAAAAGCACUGGAUCUACUCACAUGCAUGUGUUGUGGGUAAUAUGAGACGCCAUUUGGGGUGGUGACGCGGGCCAGCUAAAGCUGUCAAAAUACAAAGUAAUGCACAAGUGCAUUCAAGCGAGAAGCAGGAAGUGAAGAGAUUGUAUCACAAAGAAGACGGGAUUCAAAGAUGAAGAUAAUACAACUUACAACAAUGACUCUCAAUACAUGGGGGGAUGAUUACAACUAUCAAAGGAUUCUAUACAAGAAGCCCAACCCAUGACAUCAACCUUUGGUCCUCCUAACCACAUCUGCAGUGGACCCAAGAAGGAUGGUGGGUUAUGGUUAUUGGGAAUCUGAAGCACAACUGGGAAAGUGGCUUUCUAGGAUAGUGGUGGACAGAAUGACAAAAAGUUUGGAGGGAGAUUGGGAAAUUGGGGUUGUGAUUACUAGUUGGAGGUGUGUCUGCUAUUAUGGCUGAUGGCAGCGGAGCAGUUGAAACCCAAGAACCGAAUAGUACUGAAAAAACUGAGAAUUCAUCUGUUGAGAUAAAAGUUCUGUUCUUUGCUAGAGCUCGAGAUCUUACUGGCGUAUCAGAUAUGUCUCUAGAAGUGCCAUCUGGUAGCACGACCCAUGAUUGUAUGAGUAAGCUCUUGACUAAGUUUCCGAGCUUGGAAGAGAUCCGUGGGUGCAUGGUUUUGGCACUGAAUGAGGAAUAUGCAUCUGAGUCUGCAGUAGUGAGGAACAGAGAUGAGUUGGCCAUCAUUCCACCGAUAAGCGGAGGUUAAUCUCCACAGCAGUUGCUAGAAAUUUUACUUGUGGACUGUGUCAGAUUUUCACUAUAAAAAGGUAAGAAACGGUGGCAAUUGAACUUGGGUACUGCUAUUUCUACACCCUAAAAUAAAUAUUUUUGCCCCAUGGGUGAAACCUUUUCACCUUUUUUUCUGUGAAUGCUUUUUCACUAUGUUGUAAUGACCAAAUUACUCUUUUGGGGGUGGAACUAACAAUACAUUGGGAGUCGUAAUAUUGAAUUUCCUAAACUUACCGUGA